AUGGCUCGGAAGUGGACAAGCGACUGCGAAGCUGAGAGAGUACUGCGACAGUUGUUCGAAGACGGCACCGUUUCUUCUGGAAGCUCUCCUGGGUUUGUUCGUGCCCUCGCCCCCGACAUCUUCAACCAGUUCAGUGACGCAGUGUUCAACAUCCACCUCCGUAAGGCCAAGAUGGCUUUCAAGGAUCCAACCACUGCAGUCAUUUCGUACCAUUGGCCUCCAGGCCUGACCAAGAUCAAGUCCAAGUUUACGUAG